AUCGCUAGUAUUAUACAUGUCUUGAAAAGCAUUAAGAAUACAAUAACGAGCCGAGUAGCAUUUAGAUACUUCACCGUGCUCCCGGAAUACCUCUCAGUCCGUUCUCCAACCGGAAAUACAAAAGCUGAAAAGAUUCUGGCGUUGCUCCAACGUCGUCCGAACCGAUGUGGCUCUACGAUUCUGUUUGCGGAACAGGCAAACGGUGCAGUGGGCAGACAAAAGUUUCAGCACAUCUCGUACGGAUCGUUGAUUUUCGUAGGCUAAGAACUGUGAUUUGAGGUAGAAAACCGGCAAAGGGAAGUGUGUCACAAAAUGAGAAAUCCGUAUAUCCCCACAGAGUAUAAAGGAGGCGAUGUAAACGUCGUACAGAAAGUACAUGUUGAAUAUGCGAACAAAAUUAUACGAGAUAUAUAAAUGACUGCGUGUUAUGAAUCUCCAGAAGUGAUCAUUGUCUUGAGUAAGGAAGAGAUUCAUAAAAGAUAUCAAGAUACUGCGGUGAUUAUAUUUAAGGAGCAACAAAGUAGAAAGGAAGAAAUUGUGAGUUACCUUAGUUUUGGGAACAGUCGUAGAACAAUGGAAUAUAGUAACAACGGAAAUCAUCCCGUUAUUAUACGCAAACCUGCAGAGUCUACAAUUAUGCAGAAUACUCAUUUUUCCUCGCGGACGUCGAUAGAAUAUCACAAACUAGAUGAAAGAUGCGCGAUAACUUAAAGUUAAAAAAAAAACGAGCAGAAAAUUUUAUAACUAUUUGUUCAAUAAACAUAGUUUUCAUUAACAUUACGGUGGCGAUUUAAUAUAUCGGUAAAUAUAUUUUUUUCCCUUUACAUUACAGCCCUUGUUGGGCGAUAAAUUGAUUUUAUUACAGAUGGAAUUUUUAUGGGAAGAAAUUUUUAUAAAAUAAAU